AUGACCACCGUCACUUCAGGCUUCGGCACCGCCAACGGCAAUGGAGGCACCGAGUUCCUCUCCAUGCUCGCCCCGCCCAAGAACGACCUCAGCGAGUAUGACAACACCAAGCCGCACACUCAGCAGCCCGCCUCGAUACCACAAGUUUUCCGCGAUGCCAUGUCGGUGCGGGAAGAAGUCUACGGCGAGCAGGGCGUGCCUCUUGACGCUGAGUUUGACGAAGACGACGCGCGAAGUUGGCAUUGGGUGGUUUACGCAUCCGUCGCAUCCACCGCGAGCUCACCACCAAAGCACAUGCGCGCGGAAGGAUCAACUACCAAAGAGGAGGAUACCAGAAGAGCAAGCGCGUCAGCGGCACGGCUACCCGUGGGUACGGUUCGACUGAUUCCUGCGCCACAUAAACCGAGCAAAUACCUCGAGAACACAAACAAGCAUCCGGAUGCGGACCCGCCUGCAGGCACCUACGCUGCUUCCAAGAAGAAACACUCGACAGAGCCAUACGUCAAGCUUGGUCGCCUGGCUGUCCUUGCGCCCUACCGUAAACUCGGCCUCGCAAAAUUGCUCAUCAACACCGCCGCGGACUACGCCGCAAAACACCCCGAGACCAUCUAUCAACCACCCUCACCAACGACUAUGGAACUUGCCAACUUGCGCGGCCAGGCAACCCAGGACGCUGCCACAUGGCAAGGCCUCGUCAUGAUACACGCGCAGGCCAAUUUGAAAGGCUACUGGGAGAAACAUUUCGGAUUCAAGGAGGAGCUUCUCAACGAAAACGGCGAAGUAGAGAUCGAGAAAGAGCCGCAUUGGGUGGAAGAGGGUAUUGAGCACGUGGGCAUGUGGAAGAGAUUGAAGAUUGACAAUGGAAGGUUGUAG